CACGGGCCACUACAACAAUGAAGUGUGUAUAUUAGAUAUCUUGAAAAAGGAAGUUAAAGAUGCUACAUAAUUUUUUUAAAAUGAAUAUUGCAAUUCUUUUAUAAGUUUCUUUUUUCUAUUGAACUCAUUCUCAUUUAAUAUCCUUUGCAUUAAACAAAAAAUCGAAUGUAUUGUUAGAAACUAAUUAUAUAAUUUACGGUCGGUUUUGUGAUAAGCUUCCGGAGUUGAUAGCUUAUCAUUAGCAUAUACUAUCUUUGCUAAUUUAGGUGACUUCCAAAGUCUUUUUUAAGAUCUAUAAUUUUUUUUAUACAAUGAACUUAUUUACAAAUUUGAUAUGUAUCAGACAGUAAAUUAAUCGAGUAUUAUUAUUAUUUAAAUUAUUAAAAUGAAAGAGGACUAAUUAAUUAUAUAAAAGAGAAAUAGAGAGAGUCCCACGUCAAAAAAAAAAAAAGUUUCAAUAAAAUUCAAUAUAGUAACAUCACAAAGGCAGGUCAAAAAUAAAUAAAAGUCCAUAUAGGAAUAAUAACAAUCUUAAUGGUUAAAUUGUUAGAGAUGUCAGGAUAUUAAUUUUUUUACCGUACUUAUAGAAAUAAUAACUAUUUAAAAUAGCUUAAUUAAAAGUUUUGAUUAAAAACAAAAAUAGAGAAAAAAUAUUUAAAACCCUGACAGAAUUUUAAUAUUUUGUAAAUCUGCAAUUGUUAUUAAAAUAAAAUAAAAUUAUAUUGUAUAUAUGUAUAUAAUACUAAUUUGAUGACAGAAUUGUCAAAUGUUAUUAAAAUAGUUUAGUAAUAUGUCAAAUGUUAUUAAAAUAGGUUAGUAAUAAGGUGAAAUUCUGGGUGAAGAAUUUUAGGACUAUAUUAUAUGUAUUUAUACAGAUGAGCACAUACAGUUUUUAUGCUACGUGGCAACGCCUGAUUUUUUGUGGGUGAAAACAAACUAGUGACCAAUGAAGAGGAAUUCAAGAAAUGGAAGAAUUGAUAAUUAUAAAAAAAAAGAGAAAAGUACAAAAUAAAAUUGAUAGAAAGAAAGAGAAUUUCCCGUUCAUUGUACAUUCUAACAAGUGCCCAUGCAAGAGGAGGAUACAAAACCUGCCUGCACGUCAACAACCAUAAACAAAUCCGAUAUAAGAACUCUUUCGUUUCAUUUUAAAACAGGAAUUUGACUUAAACAGAGGCACUGUCUUCGUGCACUCACGAAAGGCAUUAUUUUUAUGCAAAAUGGAUCAUUAUAUAAGGCUAACAAGUACAAGUCAAUGGGGCAUUGCACAUUGUCAUACAGGCAUUAGAAGAAUUACAAUCAUGGCCAAAUUUUUCCAUUCAUGGAGCCUUAGCUUCUUCCUAGUAGCAUCAAUAUCAGCAUUGAUUGGCACAUCCAUGGCUGUAGGUUAUGGUACCCCUGUUUUCCGGCCAAGCCAAUGGGGCCUUGCUCAUGCCACUUUUUAUGGGGACGAGACGGCCUCAGCAACGAUGGGAGGGGCAUGUGGAUAUGGGAAUUUGUUUCAAAAUGGUUAUGGAACAGAUACAGCUGCACUGAGCACAGCAUUAUUCAAUGACGGAUAUGCUUGUGGAACUUGUUACCAAAUCAAGUGUGUGCAAUCACCCUGGUGCUUCAACGAUGUACCGUUUACCACGGUGACUGCUACUAACAUUUGCCCACCAAAUUGGAGUCAGGACUCUAACGAUGGUGGUUGGUGUAACCCUCCUCGAGUCCACUUUGACAUGUCCAAGCCUGCUUUCAUGAAAAUUGCCCAAUGGAAGGCUGGCAUUGUUCCUGUUAUGUACCGCAGGGUUCCAUGCGUAAGAAGUGAUGGACUUAGAUUCUCAUUCCAAGGAAAUGGAUACUGGUUGUUGGUGUAUGUGAUGAACGUAGGAGGAGGCGGAGACAUCGCCAACAUGUGGGUGAAAGGAAGCAAAACAGGAUGGAUAAGCAUGAGCCAUAACUGGGGAGCUUCGUACCAGGCGUUUGCUACCCUUGAAGGCCAAGCUUUAUCUUUCAAGCUCACCUCAUACACAACCAAGGAAACUGUUUUAGCACUGAAUGUUGCUCCUGAAAAUUGGAACGUAGGGAUGACUUAUAAGACAAAUGUCAACUUCCAUUGAUUGAUUCACAUGGUGAUUACCUUUCUCGUAAGGAGACUCUCCCACAUCCAAUAUAUUUAUAACAAUUCAAUGGAUGAAUGUUAAAUAUAUAAUAUAUGGAAUAGCAUUUAUUUAUUGGAUUGAUGGAAUAUAGUGGUGUAGGAUUAUUCUUCUUUUAUAAUUUUCUUUUUCCUUUUUUUCUUUUUCUCUGUUUGAAAGUCCUAUACAUGGCUUUAUUGUUUUGCCUUUAUGUUACCCCCUUCUUUUUUUUCUUUCUUUUUGCUGAUUAUGGAAAUUCCACCUGCUAUAAUGAGAGCUAGCAGAAGGUUCCAUCAUUCUUAAUUGCUACAUUGAUGCUUAUUUUCCCUUC